AAACAGUAGGGUUAGCCUACACAUAAAUCUGGUUGUGCCAACCAGACUUAAUAGUAAAAUACGGGACAAUUAAUUAUGUAAUUGCUGCAGUCGCUGAGCAAUUGCUGAGAUAUUGUGACGACAUCUGGUUGUUCUAAUUAAAAUAUAUCCAUGGUAAAUAAAUGCCAACUUAAUCUAUUUUUGUUUGCCACAACCAGAUCACGUACAACUACAUUGAUGCAAUUGAUGCACUAAAGUAACCAAGUCAUAUCAACCAUACACAUUACUAUCAUACAAAGAUAAUUAGGAUGAUGCAACUAUGCUGCUCACAACUAAAUACUUCUGUUUAUGUGCACCUUAUAUUUUUUCCCGUAUAGAUUGUAACUGUGAUUAAACAGUGACACACAUUAAAUAUAGACGCUAAUAAGUGUCAUUUUUUAUUUCUGUUCCUCUCUUUAUUGUUAUUUUUCUCAUUUCCUGUGAUAAUAAUCCUUAUAACAAAUAAUUUUAUACUAACGUUAAUUUUUCAGAUUUUUCUGUAUAAUUUUGUUCGAUUUUUAAAAUAUAAUAAAAUAUCACGUUUUACUGUGCACAGGACAUGUUUCGUGGUGGCGGAAAUAGGAAAACGUCACAUAAUUAUACAUCUUAAAUGUUAUUUCCAGUUGCUGGUAUUUGUAACAACACAGUACAAUUUAACCUUCUUCUCAGAAUAUUUGGGUAUACUUUUCCUAGUAUUCUUUCCACACUAAAGUAUUGCCUGUUUGUCAUUCAAGCGAAAAGUGUAUGUCACACGUAGGCAAGCUAUUUAUUUAUUUUGUUGUAUGGCAUAUAACGUAAAUCGUAUUUUGUAAUAGUUAGUAAAAUGAAAGAAAAGAAAAUGAAAUAAACAGGUGAAACGAUUCCUGGACGAAAUCGAAGAUGACUGGAGCUCGAUGAAAAAUAAAUUAGAAAUUGACAUUUUAAAAAAGUAUGCUUCCGACUUGAGAUUUAUCACGAUACUAGUUAUGUGUAAGAGUCACUACUCUUAAUACAACCUAAUACUAUUAUUAAUCCGUUAUUUCCACGCGCUCAAUUUACGCGAUGCAAAUAACGCCCGAAUAUAUUUCGAACAGCUUUUCUGCAUAAUUUAAAUUUUCUACUGCGUUUGAUAUAUUUCUUUUAAAAGUAAUAAAAUUUCUUUUAUACAAAGUAUCUGUCAAUUUGUUGCGAAACUGCGGUAUACAGAUAGAUUAGAUUAGAUGAAACAAUACAUUUAUCUACUAUUUUGCAAAUAACACGUACAGUUUUUUAAUUAAUAUGAUUAAAUAAGAUUGGCGGACCAUUGCGUGCAAUUUUUCACCAAUCUUUUUUAACUAAUAAUUGAAAGUUUCACAUGGUUGUUUGCAAAAUGAUAGAAGACUUUUAUGUUCAGUUUUAUUUAAUCUACCUACAUACCACGGACACUCUGUAUAUAUUCGUGUUGUUAUAUCAUACACAUAUCAUUGUAUAGUGUAUCUUAUAAAUUUAAAACAUCACUUGACAACUUUUUCCACAGUGUUUUGCUACUUUGGCAUAUUCAUUUACGGGACGCUUCAAUUCCUACCGAUGAUUCUCGAUGUAAUGGCGCCGUUAAAUGAAUCACGACCCCGUCAACUUAUCGUGAUGACGGAAUACUUUGUCAACCAGGACAAAUAUUUCUACAUUAUUUUCUUGCACGAGUUUAUAAGCUGCAGCAUAGGAGCGAUCACGUUGUGCAGCACCGGUACUACGCUCAUGAUAUACAUUUACCAUGUGUGUGCGCUUUUCAAGAUAGCCAGCCAUCGGAUAGAAUACGCAUUCGUGAAGAGAGCGCUAGAGACUCGUAUUCCUGGAAAAAAGUGUCUACUUUAUCGGAGGAUCGUGCAUGCAGUCGUUAUCCAUCGGAAAGCCACCAAGUUUAUCGAAAAUUUGACGUCUGAAUUUGUUCCAAUAUUCCUUGUUCUUAUUUCGGUUGGCGUUUGCUCUCUGAGUUUCAGUUUGUUUCAAUUUUUCCAAUUGAUAACGUUAACCGACGAUACCGACGAGAUGUUUAUAUUUGCUAUACUCAUCUUUGCUAACUUGACCUAUAUGUUUACCAUUAGUUACGGUGGCCAGGAAGUAAUGGAACACGGAAUACAAUUUUUCCGAACAACCUAUAAUGUACCGUGGUACGCAGCACCGUUGCAAAUACAGAAAUUGCUAUUGCUUAUAAUGAGAAAAGGAACGAGAAACGUCACUUUCACCUGCGUUGGUGUAUUAGAUGCCUCCCUGCAAGGUUUUGCUUCGGUAAAACUCAAACUCCGUUCACAACGAGAUAAUUGAACUUUAACGCGGGUCUAAUGGACAGCAUAAUGUGUCC